AUGAUCGCAAAUGAUUUUGAUCAUAAUGAAUUAAUACCAUUGUCUCGUCCUGCUCUUCUCGAAUCUCCAAAUACUACAAAACGACAAUCAAUUAUAUCUGAACAUAUAAUAAUUGAUUCUUCACCAACAAUGUCUACAUAUGAUUUAAUUGAUGUUAAACCAUUUGGAUUUGAUCAAAAGUUAUUUGAUAUAUGGUGCAGAAAUAAUAUUGAAAAAUUUCAAAUUAAUGAACAAGAUCAUUGUAGUAUCCAAGAUAUUUUAUUUUUUUAUCUCGAUUCAAUUGAAGAUGAUAAUCAUAUUUGUCAAGUUCUCAUGCCUUAUUAUGAAGAAAAAAUAAAAAAUAUUAUUUUUAAUACAGAACUUAAUGCUCAUGGUUAUGGUUAUCGACAACUUAUUUAUGAUUCAAUUCGAGAUAAUAUGUUUGUUACAUUUCCUUAUCAUCCAUUUGAAACAAAAAAAGAUGAAUGGAUACAACAAAAUUAUCCUACUUAUGGUGGUCAAUUUCGUUUAUUAAAAAUUCUUUUAUUAAAUAAAGAUCCAACUGAAGCAAGUAAAAAUAAACAUCUACACUCCUUAUGGAACGAAAAUAACAAGAAGAACAAAGAAUAUUACACAUUUUUUCACGGAUGUCCAGAAUAUGCAGCACAUUCUAUAUGUCUCAAUGGAAUCGGUUUGUUUUGGAACCAUCCUAAAGGAACAGACUUUGGACCAGGUUUUUAUGUUACAAGAAAUGUGCGUGAUGCACUUUGGACUGCAGAACGAAGAACAUUAUCUAGAAAAUCUAUUGAAGAGGCAAAUCGUUCAGCGUGCGUAGUUUUUCAAUGUCCAAAAAAUGAUUUUGAUCGUUUUUCAAUACUAAAACUUCAAAACAACAACAAUAUUCAUCUAAAUCUUAAUCGGCCGCCAAUUAUUACUGAUGAUAUUGCAGAAGAUGUUAUGUUUGAAUGGGCUAAUUUCGUACGUUUAUGUCAUCAUUACAGGUAUCCAUUACCAUUAGUUAAAGAAUAUGAUGGCAUAGAAGGCUAUGUAUGUAAGAAUACUCGAGAAGUUCAAGAUAAUAUUAACGCUCCAAUAUGCAAUUUACAAUCGUGGCAAUUAUGUAUAAGAAGUUUUGGUUUUGCUGAAAAGUUUACAUCAUGGAUUACGGGUAUUAUCCUUCUUCAAGUACCCGAUUCAUCAUCAAUAUCUUCAACAACAACACUUUCUCAUCAAAAAUAA